CCCCGGUAGCCAUCACUUUUCAGGAGUUGCCGGAGAAUCUGGAAAUCUGGAGGGCAAUUUACACGGGAGAACUCGGUAACUGCCGUAGAUUGGCCAUCUCAACGCGGGAGGCAGGACAACAGUUUGUGAUUUUUCCAGUCUGAAGUCAGUGAUUGGUCAGUGAAGUUGGCGGUCAAAUAAGAGUAUGACGACGGCUACACACACAGGCCAGAGCAGAAAGGGGCGGGGAAACAAGGUGGAACGACAGUAAUUGGCGUGCGCGGUGUGACGCGAAGCCUUGUGUGAUUGGUUCAUAAGGCGCAGAAGGGGGUGUGAGGCUUCGAAGCAGUCGGCGAUUGACUGGAGCGAUUUGGGGCGGGCAUACAAGUCACGAAGGCAGUGUUCGAUUGGGUACCACCGCGCGGGGCGGGUAACCGGGACUCGGCGGCGACUUGGGAUUGGCCGGCAUGGGCGGGGCGGCCCUCUGUGCCGGUUCCUGUGUCCGGCGGACGAUGCCGUCCGGCGGCUGGCGCUGGCUGCGCGGCCUUUGGGCUGCCGGUCAGCCCCUGUUCCAAGGUCGUGCGCUGCUCGUCACUAACACCCUGGGAUGCGGCGUUCUCAUGGCGGCCGGGGAUGGGGCGCGCCAGUCCUGGGAGAUUCGCGCCCGGCCCGGCCAGAAGUUCGACCCACGGCGCUCAGUGAGCAUGUUUGCUGUCGGCUGCAGCAUGGGCCCCUUCCUGCACUAUUGGUAUCUCUGGCUGGACCGCCUGCUCCCUGCAUCUGGCUUCCCUGGCCUCCCAAACGUCCUCAAGAAGGUCCUCAUUGACCAACUGGUGGCCUCUCCUAUGCUUGGCGUCUGGUACUUCUUGGGCCUUGGCUGCCUGGAGGGCCAGACCCUGGACGACAGCUGUCAGGAGCUGCGGGACAAGUUCUGGGAAUUCUACAAGGCUGACUGGUGCGUAUGGCCUGCUGCGCAGCUGGUGAAUUUCCUAUUUGUGCCCCCCCAGUUCCGAGUCACCUACAUCAACGGCCUGACGCUGGGGUGGGACACCUACCUCUCCUACCUGAAAUACCGGAUCCCAGGCCCCCUGACACCCCCAGGCUGUGUGGCCCUGGGCACCAUGCAGACUGAGCUCCCAGAUGCCAGACAGCAAGGCAAGACUGACUGAGCCUCCGCCAACCAGCCACCUGGGCAGGAAGGGGAACUGACUCCUAGGCCAAGUCCUAGCCACACCCUGACUCCUGGGCAUCUGCUUGGGCUGCCCCUGCCAAGCCCACUGCCAGGCCUCAGUUCCUCCCUCUGGAACACAACCAUGAAGAUGGACAGUUAUACCUCAGCCUUUCUAGGACAGCUUCAAGUGACUCAUGAUGGGCCAUCCUCAGCUCUGGGUCUCAGCCAGCCAGCUAGCACCAAGCCCUCAACACUACUGUAGGCUGGGCGCUGGGACCAAGGUGGGGGAUAUCACCCAUCCCUUUGGAGCCGGGCCCCAGAAUUUGGAGCCUCCAGUCUCAUCCUCUAGUCACAGACUGUGGAAGUACCAUUAAAUUCUCUUGGUAAUUGAAAA